UAUCGCGAACCAAACGGAGGAGUUUCGGAAGAACAACGAAGAGUUUACAUGUGUUCAUACACAGAUUAAUUUGGUGAUCAAAGUAACGAUUUUCACACGUUUGUUCAGAAAGUGAUUUGAAGAGGAAAGAAGAAAAUAAAUAAGGAAACGUGAUUUACAAGUGAAGUUCUAAUAGACGCUGAAAGUAACAUUCGAGGAAAAAAAAUCAAGAAAAAAUGGAAGAUUCUUACAAGAUAAGCGCCUACUGCCGCGGGUGCAAAAAACAAUCACAGCAGGCCGAGGGCGACCUACCCGGCGUUGUUUCCGCUCGACCGAUGUCACUGUCACUGCUGGUGGUUGCCGUGAUGAUCUGUUUACUAGCCACACUGACGCAGAUCUCGGCCAGACCCUCAGACGCCAGUAGUAUUGUAGCGGCAGUAUCCAGCUCGCCGGACGCCGCUUCCGUUCUGCACCAGCAUCGCGAUCGACGCUCAGCUGAAAAGGAACAGUCCAACGACGACGAUUACUACGAUGACAACUAUCUACGCGUCAAGCGUUGCUAUGAAGACGAGGAUGUCAACGAACUGUGUCAACGCUGCUCCAAGGUAACAAAGUCCUCCAUCGUGUUUCCGAUGUGCUGCAGUAACGAGGACGCGACGAUGGACUGGUGCAAGGCGUACGUUUAUUACGGAAUACAGAAUUAAGCCCGCUCGAUGCGUGCGUGUGUGUGUGUGUGUUAUCACACCGACUCCGGCCGUAUCGCAACGCACUCGGAAGUGCAAGCUCCACUUAAUCCCCAUUAGCGUGUUUAUCUUAGGCGUUAAGAAGCGCGUGACCGCGACACUUAUUUAUUAUGUGCAAAUGUCCUUUUCCAUUGUCAUCCCGUUUCGUGUAUCUCAUCGUCGUAAUUUAUUGAGCCAUAGUUACUUAAUCAUUUUGUUGUACACCGUGGGGUCACAAGGACGGAUUUUUGCGUUUGAUUCAAUUUGAACAUGAAUAACUAGGUACACGAAAAUCUCUGAUUGAGACAACGCCGGUGGUACAGAUUGAGAUAAAAAGACUGCUUGUAUCCAUUCAAAUUAUAUAGAAUUUUCCAAUUAUACUAUAACCGAAUUAGGGAAAGUAAAUUGACCGGCACAGGUGCCGGUAAAGACUUAUGCGGUCAGCUGCAAAAAACUACCGCUUGUAGAAGAAUAUCGCUUUUAUAUAUGCUAGCAAUAAAGGAACAA